UGCUCAUUUAAAACUGAAGGAAAGCACGUACUGUAUCUGAAAAACCAGUGAAGAAAAUACAUACAGCAGAUCAUAUGCUGAGACAUUACUAAAGUGAUUCUUUCAGCUCUGCUAAUAGUGGAAUAGGAGGAACUAAAGCUAUGUUGCAGGCACUUACUGGACUACAAUUUCAGCUCUGAGGAAAGAUACAGGAUCAGGAGCGGAUGGACAAACACUAUCAAGAAGAGCCCCAGGCAAGUUAUUCGUGGUGCUAUAUGCCAGUUCCACAGUAUCCAGGAUUCAAAGGAUUUUUUCCAGUGGGAACACACAUUCCAUCAAACAAAACAUCUGACUUCUCUGAGGUACAAACACACUUGGAAAAUCAAUCUAGAUAUCACAUACAGCAAAGCCAGAAACAUCAAGUGAAACAAUACCUGACACUUGACACCAAGCUCUCCAGCCAAACCCUCUCACUGUCCCACUGCCAUACAGUCCAGCCUGCAGGAGCUACAUCCGUACUGAGAAACAGACACAUGCCUCCUGCCAGCAAUAUUGGUGCUCCAGAAAGUCCGGUUACCAAGCUACUGGGUCUUGGAGGACAACAUGAAAAUGUGAUGGAGGAGGUUAUUGAUGACAUCAUCAAUAUGGAAUCAAGUUUUAAUGAUGAAGGGAUAGGUUGCUCCGAAGCUACACUACUAAUGCAAAGAACUCUGUCCAGUAGCAUUUUGGAUAUAUAUAACAGUGACCAAGGAUUGUCACCUGCUAAUAUGGGUCUUACAAAUGCUUCCUGCCCAUCUACUCUACCACUAAAAAGGGAAAUCACAGAAGCAGAUACACGAGCAAUGGCAAAGGAGAGGCAAAAAAAGGACAACCACAACCUCAUUGAAAGAAGAAGAAGGUAUAAUAUUAAUUACCGAAUCAAGGAGCUUGGCACCCUUAUUCCAAAGUCUAAUGAUCCUGAUAUGCGCUGGAACAAAGGAACGAUUUUAAAAGCAUCAGUGGAGUACAUCAAGUGGCUACAAAAAGAACAACAGAGAGCUAGAGAAUUAGAACACAGACAGAAGAAAUUAGAGCAGACUAACAGAAGACUUCUACUUCGAAUUCAGGAACUAGAAAUACAGGCUCGUGCGCAUGGGCUACCGCUCAUGUCUUCACUCAGUGCUGUGGAUGUAGCUGCCCAGGACAUCAAGCAACAGACAUAUCCAGAGGAGAAUUCCAUAAACUAUUCUCAGCAACUGGUUCUGGUACAUGGACCAAAUGCUGACCUUUGUGAUGGAUCCACAGCCUUUUCUGAUCCUCUCUCGCAUUUCACCGAUUUGUCUUUUAGCGCUGCUUCAAAAGAAGAACAAAGGUUAGAAGAAAUCUUACUGGAUGACACAAUAUCGCCAUUUGGAACAGAUCCACUCUUGUCUUCAAUAUCGCCUGCUGCAUCAAAAGAGAGCAGCAGAAGAAGUAGCUUUAGCACAGAUGAUGGAGAUGAUUUCUAAAACUAGAAAGGGCAUAAUUAAUUUUUAUAAUCUUUUGUUGGUGCUAAGAGACUGUAUUAUGAAUUUAAGUGUGAUGUUUGUACUCAGUUCAAAGAAGGUGGAGAACUGUUGUGGACAUAAGCUGUUGCAUGGGUAGGUGAGUGCAUAUGUCACAGAAAGACGAAAGAUGGACCUGAAUUCAUAUCUCUUUGCCCAGAAUUGACUACAUCUGUUCAGAGCUAGCAUUUGCACAGACCAUUCCUUGUUCACUGGGAAGGCUUUAGCCAUUUGCCCUCACAUUCUCACAGCAGUAUUAAAAUGGUUCCCAGAAAAAUGAAGACCCACAUUGCAAAAACUCUGUUGAAUCUACCACUCGCUUCUCUCAAAUUUAAUGAUGUUUUAGUCAGAAAUAUUUGUUAAUUUCUUUUUAAAUGAAAAGGAGAAAUUUCAAUAUAUACAACAAUUGCAACACAACAAUGAGGAAAUGUUUGAAUGUGAUGUUCCUGCAAUAGAGAGGUUACAGACAUCAAAAAAGGGAGCAAAGGGCUCUUGUCAGAGUAAAGUCUGCAUAAAUUCAGUGCUUCAUGAACUGCAUCUACUUCUUUUUAUAAUGAAGCAACAAAGUCCAUAAAUUUGUGUUCAGAAUCCUUAGAAUUCCUGUUUUAUUCCUAUUUAGAAAAGUAUCCCAUAUUUUAUAUUUAUUUUCAAACGCUUUCGUGUAACUGAAGAAAAACAAAAACUAACAUAAUGAUACUGAUUUAAAAGAAUUAAUCAGACAGAAACAGAUGCAAGGUUUAAGCAGCUUCAAGACAGAUUCUGUUCAGGCAACAGAACAUACUAAGAGUGCAGGUAUGUUCAAGACACAAUGAAUAUAUUCAGUGUUACAGUUAGUACAAAUAAAAACAGCCAUUAGUGCUAAUAUGGCUAACACCAGUUCUUUGUUGCCAACUCUUCUCUCUACUGUUUUUCUUGUGAAAGCUAUUUCCAGACAUGAAUUGUACCUUGUUUCUUGUUGUGGCAUAAUAAGGUUUUUCUAAAAGGACUAUAUCUAAAUUGAUACCUACGUCUUUGAGCCAGUUGGAUAUAGAAGGCAAUGCACUGGAUUCCCAUUAUAUACAUUUUGUCAGAGAGAAUUUCACUUUCAAUUCAUCUCUAGAUUCACUAUAAAAAUGAAGUAGGCAGACCUUGGAAUCAUAAGGGAUAUUCCUGAUACCUAUUGAUAUGAUCCACUACUUUCUAACAUGCUAAUACUGGGCACUCACAAAACAUGUGGAUUGAUAACCCCACAGAGGUUUGGCAGUUUGAGGGCAGGUAGAAGACACAUGAUUUUUGUACAUAGUGGGAUUUUGGAGAGAGAUGUAUAUACUUGGAAUAGAUUAAGUGCAAUCAUUCUAAAUCUAAUAGUAAUACACUGGAAAUUGAGCUGACCCGAAUUCUUCAGAGCUUUCCACAACUGAGUCAAAAGAGCAUUGUGGGGGUCUUGGUGCAAGUCAAAAAAUGUUUCAAAAGUAAAAGUGUUGUGUUCCACUUUGCUCUGCCAGAACCUGCCUAAAAAAGGUAUCUUAUAGAUAUGGGUAGUGGAGUAGUUAAGGGAGAGUCAAGCAGGCUGCUAGUUGAGUGAAUGCUUUACAUUUAUUAUCCAAGAAUGAUGUCUUUACCCUGAUAGAUUCAUUUUCUUUAAAAAAAACAAAAACAAAUUGUGCCCAGAAGUUAAAUGAGAUCUCAUGGAAUAUCCAUUCAGGUUGCUAAAUGGAUCGUUCCCUUAGGUAAAUGUUUGUACAGGGGCCAUAGCCCAGAUCUGAUUAGUGUGCUACAGCAUAUCCAAACAGUUUGAGGGCUACAGUUUCCUUAUCUGGUGUACUCUUGAUAGAAUUUUAUCUUCUCAUUCCAUUUCACUUGGACUGACUUCAGUGCAUUGCUAAGAGUUUAAGACAUGGGUUUAUAAAUUGUAUAAUUUCAUCUCAGGUUCUAGGAAGCAUUGCAGACAUGUAGUAAAACCAAUCUCUAUCUGUCUAAAGGAAACAUUUGAGUUUUUCAGUCAACUCAAGGAGUUCUAUUAGCUCAUAUAAAUCAAAUUAUUUAGACUGUAAGUGCUUUGGGGCAUUUUCUUGUUAUAUGAGUGCCUAUUACAACGGGGCUCUGAUCCUUGAUUGAGGCCCCUAGUUGUUACUACAAUGCAAAUAAUAAAUAAUAACAACAACUGACAUGUUAAGUAUUUUUUUUAAAGAACAGCGGGAAUGGGGAUGGGAGCAUUGAAGGAAUAUUAACCAAAGGUAAUUGAAUACAGGAAGAAGAGCCUACUUCACUAGAGUUCACAGCUUUGUCAGGGACUAGCUCAGCAGUUUCCAACCUGCAAGCCACAUGCGGCCCAAUUAGCACUCAGCUCCAGCCCAGCUCAGCUGUGUGCUAAAGGCCAGCCCAUGUGGCGGGAUCCGGGUCCUGGGGUAACAGUCUGGGGCUGCUGCCUGGUCCCACAAGCUCCAGGGGUCUGGGGUGGGGCAGUCACCCGGCCCCGUGAGCUCCGAGGUCCAGGGUCGGGGUCCAGGCUGCCGCUAUCUUGCCACCCGGCCCCUGCGGCCCAGGUAACGCAUUGUGGGCUGCAUAUGUAGCCCACAAUGAUAAAUAAAUUGGGAACCAGUGGACUAGCUUGUAGUGAAAGUCAAAUACAAAAUAGGAUAUAUCCAAAGUAACAUUCAUGCACUGAUUCUUAAUUUAGGAUGUGUAUUGCCCAUUUCAGCUGCCAAAGGGAGGGAAUUGUUGACUAAUGUCAAGUAUUUUCAUUUGUCUUUGUACUGUAGUUUCUACUACAUUAGUUUCAAAUACACCAAUGUGAGUUUGCUCAUAAUGGAGAAAAAGAAAUUAAAUAUGAAUGUGUUACAUGAUUUUCCUAUUGAAUUUUUAGAUCAUACCUAGGAACCAUAUUGACUUUAAGGAAGAUCCUGAAUUUAAUCACUUCUACAAGUGCUGUCCUAAAAAAGGAUUACAGUGCAUUCAUGAAUUUUUUUAAAGUUCAUUUCUAGUCAUCUUACAAUGCCCUCAAUAUGAAACACCAGAAGUAUUUUCUGCAUGAGAAAUCUAACAGGCGGUGUUUCUAUUUCCAGAUACUGAACUGCUGUCUCUGCAAAUAAAUAUAUUGACAACAACUACACUCUCAUCAAGCUGUAGUCAUUCAUGAAAAUGCUUAUGUUAAUGAACAUGAUGAUAAUGCUGUGUCAAUGCCAUCAAAUUAUUUUUCCAGUAGAUAUUCAUCAUUUCAAAUAAUCGUUAGUGUUUUUAUGAAUUACUACAACUUAAUAAAAGAUAUGGUGUCACCCCUGAAAUCAAUGGUAUAAAGUGGGAAAUACUUCUCUGACACAUCUGCUAGGGGAUGAAUCUUUGGGAAAAAAAGAAAAUUAAGUUGGCUCCUUAGUGGCAGAGUCUACAGUUUCCUGGUUUGAUCUAUUAAUACAAACAUUUUAAUGCUUACAAAAAAGGGCAAUGGAGACGUGCCCUACUGAGUUAAGGAAGCUUCUGAACAGACUAGAUGGCCAGAACUGUCCACGUGUUGGUCUCACUAUCCCAAACUUCUUGAAUAACAAAUUCUCUGUGUCAGCUCGGCUUUAGUGAAAUGGUACUAAAGCUUAGUACUUUUUAAACCAGGGCACAAUGCUUUCUUCAUUGCAUGCUUAUGCAGAGGAAAGUGAUUUGAUGAAUACGGGGACAAAUCCUGAAGCAAAACUCCUAUUGAUGUCAGUGAGUAAAUUAUGUAUCGGGACUGCAGGUUUUGGUGCAUGAGCAAUAUGGCCAAAUUAUUUCUAAUACAGCCUUGUUUGUUGAAGUCUUGUACAAAAGGUAUGGAGUGGGUCUAUGACUCAGGCCCUAAGAAAGAAAGACUUCUAUAGUUCUUCUAGGAUAUCCACUAUCCAUAAAUACUGGAACUAGGAGUGCUGGGGGUGCAGCAGCACCCUCAGACUUGAAGUGGUUUCCAUCAUAUACAGGGUUUACAGGUUUGUUCAAUGGCUCUCUGCACCCCCACUAUACAAAUUGUUCCAACACCCUCUGCCACUAUCUUCAUUUUUUACACAUAUGUUAAAUGAGGAGCUUUUGCCAGUUUUCAGUAGCAGAUAUUAAAAGCUGGUCAUCAUAUUCUUACAGUAUACAUGAACCAGUGAACUGAUAAUUAUAUAAAAAGGAAAGGGAGUUGAAAUAUUAUCAACUUGUUUAAUUCAUGAAAUGGAUAUAGAUACUAUACUAAGAAACAAGACCUAAAUUAUUUCACUGCCUAGAGUGGGGGUACUGUUUGAAAAGGUAAACUACAUGCAAACAUUUUAACAAACAGAACUGCAGUUGCUUUAUCGGGUAAAGGACUAAAUAUAAUUCAGUCAUUUAAUCUUAAUAAGAACAUUGUUAUUAUAAUACCUUUUGACUUUAAUAGGGCUGUAUAUAUGAAUGGAGGCUGUAAAAUUAUUGUAAUUUAAAAUUAUGUUAAGUCUGUUAGAUCAGUAAAGGCAUUUACAUUACUAGCAUGAGACUAGAAUAUUUUUAUAAUAAUUGCUAUUUUUCAUUUUUAACCAUACAGUAUCUUGUUUUCUAAGUAAAUGUAUGUGACAGAAUAUACUUUAUUACAUACUGUACAUGCAAUCUUUAUAAAAAUACACUUGAUAUGUCCUGGUACUUUGUUUAUUAUAUUAAUACAAUUAAAGAACUAAAAUUAAAACAUCUUUUUUAUAUAUAUAUCCCUUGUGAAAUCUCACUGUCCAGACUCACUAAGAACCCCACUACCAAACAAUAUAAUAACAUCGGCCAAGAGCAUCUGAGGAGAUAUCUACUAGACUUCACAACUGCUAAACAUUUAGUCCAUUAGGAUACAUCAUGAUCCAGAAGCCUUCCUUUAAUGAAUAUAAUUGAUAUAUUCUUUAAUAUGUUCUCCUGCCAUCUGCUUAUUCUUGCGGCUAAGGCUUUGAUUUAUGGAAAGUGUUUUCAGAAUGUUGCAAAAUUGCUAGCAGGUAUGAUGGUAUCUGUUAAAUCACAAAGAUGCUCUACAAAAAUCUUUUACUAUACUAGAAGUUCCCCAGACAACCUAGGGUAAACAGAAUAUUGUGUUUUUAAGAUGUAAAACAUUUUUAAAACUGAUAAUUAGACAACAUUUUGAAUUAGGUUACGAUUUGGAUUGAACAUUUUGAAUUACUAAUAUCAGAAGUGCCAUCUCAAGAAUAUAGCUGGCAUUUAUGUACAUGAAUAAUACAAAUAUUGUUAAAUAGGAAUAUAUAUUUCAGCCCUGUUUUGGUAGCAUUUAUGUUUAUUUCUUUGAAAAUAAGGAUUUUUAUUGUUUUACACAGCACUAGAUAAACAUUUUAUUU